GCGGUGCUGGGGGGCGGACCCUGGGUCGCGACCUCUCCCACCUUCCGGGUUCGGCGACUUCGACCCCACCCGUAGGGGGUCGUGCCCCCAACCCGAGCCUACCCGCAUGGCCCGGCACGUGUUCCUGACUGGGCCCCCAGUUGUUUCAGAGAAGUCCCAGCUUACACAUCAGCAGAGGCCACUUGCCUGUGUUGAGCGGAUUCUUCAGUGACUCCCCUAAAGCAGCAGUUACCGAGGGACAGAGGUGGGGUUACAUUCCCUCCGAGUGCCGUGAGCGUGGGCUGCUGUUCAUGUUUCAGAAGGCCGGACACCAUUGUUUGUUCGUGUGAAACUUGGAGGAAGAAUGAACUAAAUGAGAAUAACAUCAUAUUUUAUUUCAAGAGUUGGAAAAACAACACUGAUCCAGAAAGCCACUGAAGUUUUAAAGUCCUCUGGCGUGCCUGUCGAUGGGUUUUAUACAGAAGAAGUCAGACAGGGAGGAAGAAGAAUAGGGUUUGAUGUUGUCACGUUAUCUGGCAUCCGGGGACCUUUAUCCAGAAUUGGGUCAGAGCCUCUGCCUGGAAAGCGUGAGUGCCGUGUAGGGCAGUACGUGGUGGAUCUGACGUCCUUUGAGCAGCUGGCGCUCCCGGUCUUGAGGAAUGCAGGUGCCAGUGGUCGCCCGGGACAGAGCAUUUGUGUCAUCGACGAGGUGGGGAAGAUGGAGCUCUUCAGUCAGCCGUUCAUCCAGGCCGUCCGCCAGGCCCUGUCCACGCCAGGGACUGUGGUCCUCGGCACCAUCCCCGUACCCAAAGGAAAACCACUGGCCCUCGUGGAAGAGAUCAGAACCCGAAAGGACGUGAAGGUGUUGAGCGUAACCAAGGAGAACAGAAAUCACCUUUUGCCAGAGAUUGUGACCCACGUGCAGAGCAGCCAGAAGUGAAGAAGACGUGUCACCACUUCUCUGCACGUGCAGACGUUUCUUCGAGAGGAGCCCCAGUGCCCUGCCUGACCAGGUUUUAUGCUUUUGGUUUACGAAACCUUGGAGGCUUUUCCAAAGAGAGCCUGACAGCUGUUUUCCAUAAAAUGUUUUAAAAUAUCAAAUUAGCCUUAAUGCUGGAUUGACUCGACAAGAUUAACAAUCCACUGUGGUGUAUUUAUGCUGAGAGAUUUCUGUUUAUUUCCUCUUGCAGUUGUGCAUAUGAUUUGGGUAAAUUAUGAAAGAAGAAAUGGUUUUCGGAGUAUUAGAUGGAAUUUGCCCCCAUUGAAGUUUACAAAUGUGUUCAGGGGAGGGGGGUGGGGAGGAGUUCACUGCCUGAUCAUUUUGGCAUGUCAGGAAAAUUAAACCCCUCCCCUGGAGCAGCUGCAGCCUCCUGCAACUUGGAGUGAUAACAGUUAUUUGAUUUUAAGAAAAUCAGUAUUUCAGGAAAAGCCAUUUUCGGUCCUUCCCUGCCCGCAUCUUUGACUGUUUCUCUGUUUGCUUAUUGCUUAAUAAAAUAAAGAGAAAUGUGAUGGCUGCA